CCUCGGUGUGGGUGCGUUAAUGGGAACAGUAUUCUCCUGUUCCUCGAGAUUCUUUUCUCGCUGCACCUCUUCGUAAGUGGGCAGUUUGGUGCCUUUGGUGGCCACUUCGUAGGGGGGCGGCGCGUAGUAAUCAGCUUUAGGAGGCGGUAUGUCCUCGCUGGACGAACUAGCAGCUAUGCAAACCGGGCUCGGCGGAUUAUUGUCAACAGUUAUUUCUUGUUGAGCGAGCGUAUUCUGAAAUCCGAGGGAUGGCUGUUGCGAAAUGGCCUUAUCGAAAGCAGAAUGUCUACUUACAUUUUCGUUUCCAUUUUCAUUAGCAUUUGUCGACUCGGGCGGAGUGUGUUCCAUUUUUAAUUGAAAUAAUACAGUAACGACGGUGAAUAGGAUUUGUUAAAUCUAAUGAUUCGCUAGACAGUCAUUACAAUUAGUUUGCUUGUUAAUUAGGAACAAUAAAUUAAACAAUAUUUUUUCAUUCGCCCUCACAAAUCACGAAAAUUGACGAACGAAAACUGUAAAUCUGUCAGUUGUCAGUAAAUGCCAAAAAUGAUAAAAUGUCAACAGUUGUCAAAAAAAAUGUCAAAUUACACGGUUUGUUGAAUAACCUAGGUGAUAAGAGCUUACAAAAAGAAGAAGAAAAUAACCUGUUAUUUAUGUGACCUAUUAGCGAUUUUCUAAUUUGAAAUUUCUAAAAUAUUUAUAGAAAAAUGUUAAGAAUAUUAAGCAAAAGAUGUUUAGCACAAACCCGUGAUAAGUUAUUUCCAAUUUUACAAUUUCCCAAGCCGUUUUCAACCAAAGAAACUGAUACCCACGAAGUAGGCGGCUAUGCAAAGGCUUUUGAAAAGUUUGAAAAUAUCAAAGACCAGAACGAGAAUGAACCACCGCAGAAUUUCGCUUCGCUCCUCAGAAAUUCCAGGCUGAUCGACCUGGGAGACCCGGAAAAUAAAAUAGUCACCGGAAAGAUAUUUCACAUUGUAGAAGAUGAUUUAUACAUAGAUUUUGGUUGGAAGUUUCAUUGCGUAUGCACCAGGCCUAAAAAGAAUGCAGAGAGUUACGUCAGAGGAUCGAAAGUGAGACUGAUGAUCAAACAGUUAGAAUUGUCUUCAAAGUUUUUAGGUUAUGAAAAAGAUUUAACAUUGCUCGAAGCUGAUUGCUUACUGCUCGGUUUAGUUCAGGAGAGAACUCAGAAUACAAAAACACAAUAAAUUGUCUUUUUAUUGUUUCUUUAAUAAUAAAAUACAAUUGACACUACAAUUUUAUUAGAAACGAAUUGUUAAUAGGCCAGAGAGAUACUUAAGAUUUAAUAAUAAAACGAUACAAUUUAGAUUUUUAAAGCUUUUUAUACCAAAUAAACAUUAUGUACAUUGAACAAAAAAAUAUAAUUUUGCGUUAACAUUUAGUUAAAAAAGAAUUGAUACAAAUAAAUAAUGAACUUUACAGUUUUGUGAGUUCUUAGAGGUAAAUAUUUUUUAGUUAUAUUCUUACAAUUUUAGCACCCAUUAACAGAUUUAGGUUAUUCUUUUAAUAUGUUUUAGUGCACAUUUAAUUUCUCCAAUUGCCAAAAAAAUACUAAAUUAGUUUUCUCGAAUUUAAGUACAUUCGUAAAAAACAGAAUAACUUUAUUCUCUAAACAUAUAAAAUUAUAACAAGCAUAUUAGUUUCAACAACUUUACAAUAUAAAGUUCAUCUAUUCUAAAAAGAUAAUGACGUCACUUUUAGUAAUAUCCGCGCAGUUUUUUAGUGUCAAUAUUAAUUCUGUCAUUCGACUAGGGGAAUUUGGGGACACACGGUUGAAACGCCGAUGCGUUGUUGCCAUGCAACAUUUGUAUUUGUAGUAAAUAAUUAUCUAUUUGAAAAAUCAUAUAAGAUUCAGUUAAAUUGAUCUUCUUUUUCUUAUUUAAAUUCUACUAUUUAUGAUUUUUUUAAAGCGAACGUAACCUAGAUAUCUGUAAUGUAAAAGAUUUUAAUUACAACUCGGCAACGUUGCAACAGGCUGGCUCGUGACGUCAUUGUCUUUUAAGAACGCCUAAACUUUAAAUCUCUUAUAUUUCGAUAAGGCACUUGAGAAUUCCUAGCACGUUUCGAAUAAAUUAAGUAAAUUCCUACAAUAUAGUACAAGGUAAACCGCAGCACAGCGGCAAACAAACCGGCACCACCGUGGCCCCGCUGCUGCUCUUCGACUUGCUCCUGCUCUCCGCUUCGUAUUGAUACUUCCCCGACGCCUUGGCGUAUCCUCCCUACAAAAAAAACACAUCACCAGAUCGUCAUAAAUGAAGCAGAUGAAACAACUUACCUGAGCUCUCCAAGCGCCCUCGCCCUCCUCCUUCUUCAUAAACAUAUCACCGGGAGGAUAGUACACCGGCGGUCCCGAAACGUUCUUCGUCUUCGGCGGCGGCUCCUUCUUCUGCAGGUCCUCCACCUCGCUCGCUUGGUUCUUCAGCGUGUCGAUCUUCCUCUGGUGGGCCCGCUCCUGCUCGGCCUGCAGGAAUCCCGCGUUCAGCGGGCUAGUAGGCGGCUGAAACGAUUUUAAUAAUCACCAAAUUUCGACGUUCAAUAUCGAAAAUCACCUCGCGUCCGAGCGUCGCCAUGAGCUCGUCCACCUUCUUGGGCGGCCCGUCCGGCCCGUCGCCAGUUGGGAACCUCCCGGGCAGCAGCGGCUCGUUCUCCCCAUCGGGGUACUUCCCCUUGUAGUUGUUCUGCGUCGUGCUGGUCGAUUUGUACGAGUAGUGAAUGUUGAUCGGCUCGUUCGGCUGGUUUUUGUUGGGGUACGGCGGGCUCUUGGGAUCGAAGGUCUCGACUUCUGGAGUUUUGGGGCGGUUGGGGCCGUAGGUGUUGUUGGUGGUGUGCGUUUCGUGCUUGUACACGACGGUUUUGUUGGGCGGAUCGUUGGGCGGGUAGCCGUUGUGGUACGGGGAGCCCGGGCGAUUGUCGUUGGUCGAAUUGUGGGUUUCUUUCAAAUAGUAAGUCGUGGUGCCCGGCGGAUUGCGGCUGGAAUCGAUCAUUUAAUCGAGUGUAUCGAUGAAUUGCGGGUAUAUUUACCAGUCGGGUGGGUUGUAUACGGGGUAUCCUCGCUCCGAAUACGGUACGUCGGUUUUGUUGGAGCUGGUGUGGGUUUCUUUGAUGUAGUAACUUUCCUUGCCGCCUGGAGGGUGGUAAUUUUCGGGGUAUUGUUGGGUUCUUUUGGUGACGUUCUCCUUGAAACCGUAGGAUUCCUUUACCUGCAUCGGAGGCGGCGGCGGCGGGUACCCAUUUUCUGUAUUUUCCGUAAUAGUAUUAGUUUCGUUGUACACAUAAGAUUGAUUUGUAGUCGGAGGGGACCUAUCUACCCUGUAACCUGGUUGAUAGUUGCGCGUCGUUAUCGUUUCCUUAAUUAGAACGCCACCUGUUAGGGAUUUCUCGUUAGUUUGGUAGUAUUGUAAGUUGGUAGAUUAUUAACACUUAUAAGGUGAUUAACUCAUUAAUACAUCAAUUAACAUUUAAUUUCGUUAUACCUGGUGGUGUAGGUUUUUGAUAAGGCGGGUAAUCUUGGUACAAAGUAUUCUCCUUAUUUUCGACUUUGUUAUAGACGAAACUCUUGCUGGGAGUCGUGAUGGUUUGAUUGGGCGAAUACACGUAUUUCUGCUCGCUGGCGCUCGAAUCGUUCAACGUCAAAUUCGUCGGGAAUUCCCCGGACCCGGGAAUCUCGUAGGUGUACGUUUUGAUGGUCGUGGUCACUUUAGUGUUGCCUAAAACCCGAACGAUUAAUUCAUCGAUAGAUUUCGUCUGGCAGGAAUUUACCCGGAGGCCGGAGGUUCGAGUCUAUGUGCGCCAAUACUUCGGGGUCGAUGUCGGGCUUCACCGUUUCCACGACUUCAAUGGGGUAGUCGUGGAUGUUGCUCACUUUGGUCUGUUUGCUCAGCGUGGAAGUUCUGGAACUGAUCGCAGGCGAUACGGGACGGGUCGAACGUUCCUUGUAGGUA